CAACUUGGUUUCGUUCCGUCAGCUAAUGUGUUACUUUUAUAAUUCUGCUAAAACUGAAUAAAAUAGAUCGGGAAGGAAAGAGCAGAGUGAUAAAAUCAAAAGGAGAAGAAAACGAAGAUGGCGAGAAGAGGGAGCAGCAGAAUAUUGUGGGGAUUAGCGGUGGCUAUGUUUUUAGGGGUGGCAGUUUAUUUCAGGCUUUGGGCUAUUCAACACUCUAUCUCUUCCGACGACGCUGAGUUGAUAAGGAGACAGUUUGAUCUUGCAAACAAAGAGGCAAUGGAUGAAUCCGCGGAGUGGAGGCUGAGAUUUGAUGUAGAGGCAAAAAAGUCGUCCAAAUGUGCCAAGGAACUAGAAGAGAUCAAGGAGUCCUUUGAAAAGAAGGAAGAUUCCACUAGCUCCAAUAAAAGACUAGAGAUGCUGCAAAAGGAAAAUGCAGGUUUACUCGAGAAGAUAGAAACUUUAAAAAACGAGCUUGAAGCCGAGAAACGGAGGUGUCGAUCAUAGUAUAGAAACUCCCCCAAAAAAAAUUGGUGAUAUUCGGGUUGAGCACAACUUCACUCUGCUACAUUGCUUGCAACUAAUUGGUUAGGAAUCUGCAGC